UGUGCGCGUGCAUGUCAUGUCAUCAGUGUGUCCUUGGCUCCAUCGACAAGCAGCAGGUUAACUGAGCUACCACUGGAUUUGACGGCCAAAGCAGAGGGCAGCAACAUUAUUUUCAUCUAGAAAACUAGAGUAAACAGUCGAAUAAUUUAAAGAUGGCUUUCAUGAUCAAGAGCAUGAUCGGGAACCCUCUGUCAGGGAUGGGUUUUGGUGGUGGAGGUGACAAAGAAGAGGAGGCCACCCCGUCAGAUCCGGCCAAAGCUGCAGGGAUGACACGCGAGGAGUAUGAAGAGUACCAAAAACAGGUGGUGGAGGAGAAGAUGGAGAGAGAUGCAGACUUUUUACACAAGAAGGCAGAGAGGGCAACACUUAGAGUGUGUCUCAGAGAAAAAUACCGACUGCCAAAGAGCGAGCAGGACGAGAACAUGAUCGAGAUUGCCGGCGACGACGUGGACGUUCCCGAGGAGCUGCUCAAGAUGGUGGACGAGGAUGCCACCGAGGAGGAGGGCAAGGACUCCAUCUUGGGCCAGAUUCAAAACUUGCAGAACAUGGACAUGGACCAGCUGAAGGAGAAGGCCUCGGCCACUGUCACGGAGCUGAAGAGCAAAGCAGAGGAGAAGUGCUCGGUCAUGUGAACGGCGCGGAGGCCAAGAAAUGAGAAGAUGCGAAAUAAAAUGAUUACAACACACACUCAAAAUAAAAGCUCCGUUAGAAAGUCUGGGAUCCAGUCUAAACAUUCACAGUGAAACUAAAAACACAAAUGAUGCUCCUGAGUUAAGAUGCGGAAUGUUCCACUUUUUUGCAAUAAAAUUCAAACUUUAUAAAUAAUUCUAAGAUAAAUGUAAUAAUAUAAAUGUAUUAUUAUUAUUAUUAUUAUUAUUAUUAUUAUUAUUAUUAUUAUUAUUAUUAUUAAUAAUAAUAAUAAUAAUAAUAAUAGUAAUAAUAAUAAUGUCCAUGGUCCCAUGUCUUUUCCUAGAUAAAUAAUAUGUAAAUAACGUGAUUUUCCCUGUUUAUCGUCUCUUUCAUAUUGGUCACAGUAAAUUUGAUUUACUCUUUAUAAAUCAAAUUUUACAAUGUUCUUGUUUCUGUUUGUUGUGAAAUGAGACAUCCUCAUCUCUAAAACUGUUCUUUAGUCAGAUGAACAACAAUCAUUCAACACUUCUUUCUGAGUAUUACUACGGUCCUUUUGGUUGUUGUGAAUUCUAGAUAGUAUUUUUUUUUUUUGCAUGUGGUGUUUGAAUUAAUUAUGAUAUUUAGAUAUUGUUCAUGUUAGCGUCACUACAAAGCAGAAGCCUCGGCAUUUAUUAAGUAUUUUACUGUUACUUUCUCCACAACCGCAGUUCAGUGAGCUUGAAACAUUUGCAGAUUUGCACAAGUCAUAAUGUCAGAAUACUAAAAUGAUUUAUCCCAGUGUACAAAAAAAUGUGAUGGUAAACAAAAAGAUGUGUUGUUCAAAUAAAGAUGCAAACUGGA